UCUUCCUCGGCUCUUUGUAAUCCGGUAUUAUCUACCUGCUGUCGGGAGCAAGUGGAAGCAAGACAGGAGAAAUGGAGCCCAGACAGAAGCUGAUCAACUCUGCAGAGGUCUGUGUGGACGAGGCUCUGUGUGGGCUGGUGAGGGCCAACGGGGGCCUCUCUCGGAUGUGGGGGGGCCACAGGGUGCUGCUGCGCUCAGACCUGAACCUCCUGAGGGGGAAAGUGGCUCUGCUGUCGGGAGGGGGGUCCGGUACAAACGAGCCUGCACACGGGGGUUUUAUUGGUGAAGGCAUGCUCUCAGCAGCUGUAGCAGGGGGAGUGUUGCUUCUCCUCCUCCUGCCAAGCAUCCUGGCGGCCAUUCUGUGUUUGCACAAAGCAGGAGCACAGGGCGUCCUCCUCAUCGUGAAGAACUACACCGGCGACCGCCUCAACUUCGGAUUGGCUGCUGAGCAGGCCCGUAACCAUGGCGUUGACGUCGACAUGGGGAUAGUUGCAUACGACUGCGGCCUCAACCAACCCAGUAAGGCGGGAAGGAGAGGACUGUGUGGAACCAUCUUCAUACACAAGGUGGCCGGUGCUUUAGCAGAAGAAGGCUGCUCAUUGAUCCAGAUGUUUCCAAGUGUGUGUGUGUGUGUGUGUGUUACAGGGACUCUGGGGGUGAGUCUGUCUCCCUGCAGUGUCCCCGGCUGUCUCCCCUCCUUUGACCUGCCGCCGGGAGACAUGGAGAUUGGGUUGGGGAUCCACGGUGAGCCUGGAAUCAAGAGAUCGAAGAUGGCGUCCGCUGACGAGGUGGUGAAGACCAUGAUAGAUCACAUGACCAACAAUGACAGCCAAUCACAUCUGCCGCUCAAGUCAGGCAACAGUGUGGUGGUAUGUGUGAACAACCUCGGAGCGUUGUCCUGUCUGGAGAUGGCUGUUGUUACCAGAGCAACCAUCAUCUGUCUGGAGAGUCGCGGUGUGGUGGUUGCCAGGGUGAUGUCGGGGUCGUUUAUGACAUCUCUGGAGAUGGUGGGAGUUUCGCUGACCGUGAUGACGGUCGACCAGGAAACACUGAGACUGUUUGAUGCUAAGACCAGCGCCCCCGCCUGGCCGAACCUCAGCAGUGUGUGUGUGAGCGGACGCAGCUUCAUCACAGAAGCUCCAGAGAUGAGCCCCCACCCACAGGACCACACACACAAAGAAGGGCCUCUGAGUCCCGUCAUGCGUAAAGCGUUGGUUAAAGUUUGUACCACACUGUUGGAGAAGCAGGAGGAACUGAAUGCGUUGGACCGUGCUUCCGGGGACGGAGAUUGCGGUAACACUCACGCUCAGGCUGCUAAAGCCAUUCAGGAGUGGCUCCAGGAUCAUGUGGUUCCUGGUUGCCCUGGGCGACUGUUGUCAGUCCUCGCUGGAUUGGUCCAGGAGAAAAUGGGCGGGUCUUCAGGAGCGUUGUACAGUCUGUUCCUGACGGCGGCGGCAGGUCAUGUGACCGAAGGGCAGAGCAACGGUGCAGCCUGGGCUACUGCAAUGCAUGCUGGGACACAGGCCAUGAAGAAGUAUGGCGGUGCUGACGUUGGAGACAGAACGAUGUUGGAUGCUUUGUGUCCUGCUGUGGAUGAGCUGAUGAAGCUGAAAACAGCUCCACCCGGUGGACAGCUGGCUGUACUGCAGAAUGCUGUGAAGAAAGCGUCCUUGGGGGCGGAGUCGACCCUUGACCUCACAGCGAUGGCGGGUCGGGCGAGCUACAUCGCGGCGGAGCGAGUCUCGCUGCCUGACCCCGGAGCCGUCGCCGUGGCAACCAUCAUGAGAACCGUGAUGGAGACCCUGGAGGAAGAGAAGAAGAAGUAAAAACAGCAAAGAGUAUCGGAGAAGAUUAUCACUAUCCCAAUACAGUGAUGUGGAGUUCUCUGAAGCACAUUCAAAGCUAUUUUUCAUAGCUUUCAUACAGUGAAUGAACAGGAACAAGGUACUUUAUAAACAGAACAUCUUGCUUAAAGCAGCUAGCAGUGAUGUAAGAUUAGUAAAAAACCAGUGGUCCUUAACAAUUACUUAACAAGCUUAGAAAUACUGCAAAUAGAAUCAUGUCUAGUAAGUUUUAAAUCAAUUGUAGUAAUAAUGGAUCUGUAUUAUUACUUCAUCACUAUCACCAGGCUAAUACUAGGAUUAUGUGAGCAAUUACUGUGAUUUUGAGGUCUCUGAAGCACUUUCAAGCUCAUUUCCAUAGCUUUUACACAGUGAAUGAAAGAUAUAUAUAAAUAUUGUGUAUUUAAGAUUUAGUAAAGGGUAAAAACAAGAGGAAAAACCUUGGUAUGAUCCUUUAAAAUGUGAUUAGCAAGCUCAGAAAUGCUGUUUAUACAAUCAAAGUUUAGCAAGACUUAAAUAGUUAUUGUUAUAAUGCAUCUUAAUUAUUAUUUAGAUGACCUUUUGAAACAUAAAAUAUGUGUAUAAGUCAGUCCUUUAACAUACCUUGUUACUACCAAUGAAAUACAAAAUAACACCAGUUCCUACAUUUCCCAUGAUGCAACUUGGUAGUUUGUUGUCUAUCUUCAUAAUGAAUGUAUGUAAAAUAGUAAAAAAGUCAAAUAUCAUUACAUUUAUUAUCAUGUUUCGUAAUCUCUGUGUAGCAAAUGCUGUUCAGGGAAUUCAAAUGCACUUUCUUAAAACAACAUUGUUAAUUCUAAUGAAUAAAAUGACAAUUAAACUGUAAAUAAUAAACAGUAAAUAAACAACUAAAUGUGUGUUUUAUGAUUUAA